AUGCUGUUCAUUUAAAAGCAUUAGAGGAACAAAGUUCGGGGUUCAUGUUCUUAUCAAGGGGAAAUGUAUUUAGACUUAAAUGCAUAUUAAAAAGUUUAUGAAAUAAUGUCAAGUUUUUUGAAAUAAUCUUUCACAAACAAUUAAUUCAGAAGCAGAAACAAUUAUUUAAGUAGAAUCAAGGCUAAUUAAAAACAUUUCUUAACAUCUGUAUAUUGUAUUUAAGUUCUAAUUCAAAUGAAAGCAAUCCCCUGCCUUCUUUAACUAAAAUACAUUAAAAGGAUAAUAAAUAAUAGUUACCAUAAAUAUGAAGUCAAAUCUAAAAAUGCUAUAAGAUGAGUUCACCAUAAGCCAAGGCCAACAUUAAUUAUUCUUCAAACCAAUUUUUAGCAACUAAUUAACCCUCUAUUUUAUGAAAUUCUGUUCGAUAUACUAUUCCUG